GAUGGUGGUGGUGGUGGUGGUGGUGGUGGAGGGGCGGGACCAGCUGUGUCUGCGCGGCCUAACUCCCUUCCUUCAAGACUUCAUCACACAUUAUUCCUACAGUGAAGUGCACCUUGUAUUCAACGGCUCAGCCGAUGGACAGCUGGUGGUGGCGGGCAGACAGAUGCUCGCCCACUCCCCCGCCCUCACCCUGUCCUUCAUCAACGCGGAGGGGGACCCAGCCGCCCUCCGUGAAGUGGCCUCCUUGACCAAGAGACCCCAACACGACCAGCCUCUGCACGUAGGGACCUCUGCCCAUCAGCAUAGUUUCCGCAAGCCGCUCUUUCUGGCCACGAUCUCCACGGCUAUUGAGCUCAACGACGUGAAGGAGGUAAAGGUAUGGGAGAAAUCGAGAUGGGGGUCGUGGCUACUGCUGGGGGAGGACCUGAGGCCGCUUCUCACCCCUGGACAGUACCUCCCUUUAGACAACAAGGUCACAGUGGCUAUUUGGGGAAGAGCUGACGAAGGCGUGGAGCUCUGGGAGGCAUAUCAGGCAGCACCAACGCUACCACAUCGAUCCUCCAAGGUGGGCAUAUGGCUCUACCCCGAUACUUUGGGCUACAGCGCGGCGUGUCUAGGGGGUAACGUGUCCUUGGGUGAAGAGGAGGUUGAGAUGGAGGGACAGAACGCAACAGGAGGGCCCAACGUUACAGCCUUCCUCUCCACGUCCUAUCCCAGUAGUAACAUUGCGGCGCGGAGGAGGGACUUGAGUGGCCUGCAUCUGCGGUGUUUGACGGGAAGUUGGGAGCCCUUCACGCGAAACACGCCCAAGGAGGAGAUGAAGGGCCUGGUUAACGCGUACGCUGGCGACAUUUUUUCACUUCUGGCCGAGACGCUAAACUUCACAUAUAACUGCAGACAAGCUCCUGACGGUCAAUUCGGGAGCCUGGAGGACGGGAAGUGGACGGGGCAGGUUGGGGAGCUGGUGGCGGGGCGAGGAGACGUGAUAGUGACCGCCCUGGACAAGACCUACCAACGCUCCGCCGUCAUCGACUACUGCCAUCCUUACGGUGAAAUUACGUGA